CGUAGAUAUCUAUCUACGGCUCUGAGAACUUAUCCCCGGGAUUUGGCUUGUCCUGCCUCCCCCGGUUUGUUGUGCGCGUGGUAAACAAACAUUUUUUUUGGACCGUGUGUGUGUGUAGGCCUUGGCCUAGGCCUAUAUAAAUUAUAACACGAACAUUAUUACAUUCGGAAAUGCUUGCAAGUUAGAGAGGCCUUUUUCACGAAUCAGUAGACAUCUUGAGGUGAUGACAAACAUUGCGAAUCAGCGUUUGACUAGAGCCUGUGACCAAUAGUUGGAUAUGGCUUCAUUUGUACACAUAGCGUUUGAUGAUGUUGAGUUUUACGAACGAUGCGGGGGUGGUACUUUUGGCUGUGUAUACCGAGCGAAAUGGAUUUCAAAGGACCAAGAGGUGGCAGUGAAGAAAUUAUUGGUUUUAGAAAAGGAGGCUCAGGUUUUAAGUUGUUUGAGCCAUAGGAAUAUUGUCAAGUUUUAUGGAGCAGUUAUUCAAUCACCCAAUUUCUGUAUCGUAACAGAAUAUGCUGAAGAGGGUUCCCUUUAUGACUAUUUAUCAAACCCGUGCAAUACAUUGGAUUUCACUCAGAUUUUAACAUGGUCACGACAUAUGGCUUUAGGUAUGAACUACUUACACGCUGAGGCACCAGUGAAAGUUAUUCAUCGUGAUCUGAAAUCUCGUAACUGUGUCAUUAACAGUGAUAAAAUACUGAAGCUUUGUGACUUUGGAGCAUCUAGAGUAAUUGGCAAUACCACAAUGAUGUCACUGGCAGGAACCUAUCCUUGGAUGGCUCCAGAGGUUAUCCAGAGCCUUCCAGUAUCUGAAUCUUGUGAUACAUUCUCCUAUGGUGUGGUUCUGUGGGAGCUACUGACACGAGAAGUCCCAUUUAAAGGUCUUGGUGGAAUCCAGGUGGCCUGGGUUGUUGUUGAUAAGAAUGAGAGGCUGACAAUUCCAACUACAUGUCCAACACUCUUUGCCAACUUAAUGAAGAGCUGUUGGCUUACUGAGCCUAAGGAAAGACCAAACUCAUAUGAGAUAUUGAAGAUCUUGGAUGCAAUGUUGAAUGAUGGUCAUUUACUAACAGAAACUAAGAAAUUUCUGGACAAAAAGAAUGAAUGGCGAUUGGAAAUAGAAGAAACACUGCAGAGGUUAAAAUCAAUGGAACGCAGUCUGACCGACAAAGAGAAGGAGUUAAAGGAGAAAGAACUGCAUUUGAAGGCCUGGGAGAAGGAGUUAGUUGAGCAUCAAGUGAUGCCUUUUGGCCCUGAUGCAGACAACGAUGUGAAUAACUGGAGUGACCAGGAAGUUUGUCUGUGGAUUAAACAACUUGGGAAUAAAGGUGGUCAGCCUGGUGACUUAGCAUCAUAUGCCGAAUUAUUUAUUGAAAAUAAUAUCACCGGUAAACGCUUACUAACACUCUCCACGGAUGACUUAGAGCAAAUGGGUGUGGUUUCAUACGGUCAUCGUAAAGAACUGGACAAAGAAAUACAAGAACUCGGCCAUGUGAACUUCCGUCUUCAAAACUUUCCUCCUCUAAAUACAAAGAACACAUCCUCACCUAAACAGGAACCUGUUCCAGCAACAACAACAACAACUCUGACAUUAAUAUUUGGUAAUCACUUUCGCCAUGGCAGAUCUUCAACUGAUGCACCAAAAUGGAAAAUGUAUGUGGAAGUUGAUGGUGAAGAUUUGGCAUUAGAUUGUAUCGAAGAAGUAACGUUCAAGCUUCCGUCAUCAGAGUUUAUCACCAUAAAAAAUCCUCCGUAUGUGAUGAGUAAAUGGCAGACUUUAAGCUCUCCUUGUCAGCAAGUUGACUGUGCAGUUUUUUAUCAUCAGGACAUAGUAAAAAAACCAAAAUCAACUAAAUACGUUCACAAAAUUCAAAUGAAAGAUGGCGGUCUAGUUGAAGAAAUGAAUGUGAAGUUGUAUAUUCGACCGAUUCGUAGUCGAUUAUCGUCCUUGGACAUAUCAGAUUCUAACAAGUCCUCACCAUCUUUGCAAAGCCUAAAGCCAUCGCCUUCACAAAUUGGCAGCAAGGGGACACCCAACUGUUGGAAUGUUGAUAAGACACCCAUCAACCCCUACAAGUACGAAGCUAAAGCAACCACAGGUGAGUGGUCACAGAUAGCAGCCCGAAAGCCCUCUAGAGUUCAGUUGGAGAAAGAUGGGAGUCAACCUUUGCUUGACACAUUUUCAAGCCUUUCAACAGCAGCAGACGAUCAUAGUCUUGAUGUAAAUGAUUUUGCAGGCAACAGCAUAUCAUCAUCUGUUUGUACCUCAGGUUCUGAAUCUUGCCAAAAUUCUUAUGCUAAUGCCUGUAGAAAACCUCAAACUUCAACUGCUGAAUUUAAAGAUAGUAAACAUUUCAGCCAAGAGGAAGUUCAUAGUUCAAUGUAUAAUAAACCAAAUGUCUUUUUUCAACACCAAGCAAGUCCCCAAUCACAUAGAAAUCAUGGUAAUUGGAAAAAUCAUAAUGCAGAUCGUAGGUGGUUGUCAGUUCGCCAGGAAAGCGGGUAUGGAAGCUUAGAUGACAAACGUAGGAGAGGCCGGGGACAGAAUGCUUAUCAGAAAAAUCCAAGAGGCAGGUAUAAUUCUGGAAGACAGUUUAAUUCACCUGUGAGAUAUGAAAGUAAGUAUGAACGUGCAAUAAGUGAUGGCCUUACAACCCAUUCAAAUGAACGAAGACACGGAGAGUUUACAUCCGGUUACAAUAACUCCAAUCCAUCAGAUGCUGGAGACACGCCAUCACUUUCAGUAGCUCGGAUUGAUAAUCUGGUUGAGUGUGGUGAUGAUGGUGCAAAUGAAGAUAAGUCUUGGACAGUGGUAGAAAGGAAGCCAAAACCAAGUAACCCUAAGCCUAGCAGGGGCAGGGGAAAAUUUAGCAGGCAGAGGCAAGGUAGAAAUAGGUAAUUAACAAUAUUUGAUCUGUAUUUGAGUAACUCUAAGAUAAGAUAAAUAUAAAGAUAAGGACCACAUGUGUUGAUGAAUUAUUUUUCACCAAAUUUCUAUUUGCUUUUAAGUAUUAAAAGCUAAGUUCAAUGCAAUAUAUAUUUUAUAUAUAUUUGUUUAUUUAUUGUUUAUUUAUUUGUUUAUUUUAUUUAUUUAUUUGUUUUACUGUAUGUUUUAUAGUGGCUGAGUCAUUAUGGAGCUCAUACAAUGCAAGAUAUCAUAAUAUUGUACUUUAACUGCUACAUGGUUCAAAAAUUUUAGUCAAGAUAUUUUCACAUCAUUUUCUAUUAUACAGCUGUGACUCGUAAGUUUUGCUAAUUGAGAACCUGAUAUAAUUUGAAGCCAAUGAUUGAUUUUUUUUAAAGUUUUGUAAUUGAUCAAAAGGUGCCAACAUAAAUAUGUUUGCAAAUGAAAUGGUGAUAUAUAUUAUGUUGCAUAUUAAUGAUAAUAAUGCAGUAGGUGUUAAAUUAUAUUUUUAAAAUAACCUAAAACAAUGAAAUAGAAUUGCUAAAGAAAUAAUUAAGUCAUUAACUUAAAAUGAGACACAAAUUUUACUACAAAAAAAAUCUUAACUUUUUUCUGGUAAGAAUAUGUGGCAAAGACAAGCCAAACCAGUCACUCGUCGCAAAUCGUGUUUCAGAGAAAAUGGCCAAAACAUGCUGGAAUGUC